AUGAAUACUGUAACGGCGCCAGGCCAAUUGGCGCCUCGUCCGCACCCCGGACGCAGAACGCGCAGGAUCACCCGUGCCGGUUCCUGGCCCACGCUUCUCUUCUCGAAGAUCGCGGCAUUUCAAGGUUUCCAAUCCGGUCCAUCAGCCCGCACGGGUUAUGCAAAGGCUAGAGAGCUAAACGUCGUCGAUGUCGUCAGCGGCGCCCAGAUCCCCCAGUUCCUCGGCGCCUUCUGCUGA